CUCGAUACCGGUCCCAAAUGGAUCACGCCCCUCUUUUUUUUCACAGAUCGGGGGUGAUUUGCCUCGGCUUGGUAGCUGAACAAGCUGAACAUCGUCUUCAUAUGAUCCAUGUAUCUGAAAUGGUCCUUGGUAGCGCUUAGGCUUUCGAAAAUGUAGUCUUGACUACGAUAGGUGCUUAUCGUCGACGUAUCAUGGCUCAUACAUUGAAAGCUUCAUCGUCUACGAAGGGCUUCUUCCAGCCAUAUCCGGUUCUCGAACCUCAGUAUACAUCUGGAAAGUCGUUGGAGUCUCGAUCCUCAAAAUCGUCUCAGAAACUCUCAGACGAUCCUGUGCUCACUCGAAUCAUUCGUCUGUAUCUUCCCCAAGAAGCACAAAAAGAAGUCGGUGCAUCUAUUCACAAAUUAUCGCGCCGCGUGCUUGAGCCCGCUGUCCUGAGACAUUCCGUUGAGGCCGAAACGAAUGUCCCUACUCUACAUCCCUUGACUACAUUUGGUGAGGUAAAUAAGACCGAUCCACUCCGCACAUGCGAAGGAUGGAGGGUCCUCAAAGCAAUAGGUAUCGAGGAAGGUACUGUUUCCACGGCGUAUGAUAAAACCAUAACGAAUUACAACCGUAGAAUUGCACAGUUCGGUAUAGGUCACGUCUGGGGCCAUACGGCAGCGAUGACAAUGUGUCCUAUGUCCAUGACAGAUGGAGCGGCAACGCUCUUGUCUCGGCACUUGCAAGAUCCCGACGGUGAUCAGCCUGGUAGACAAGCUGUUCUCGCUGAGACAUACCGCCGGCUGGUCUCCCGCGACCCCAAGGAGAGCUGGACAAGUGGUCAAUGGAUGACUGAGAGAACAGGGGGUAGUGAUGUAAGCGGAACAGAGACAGUCGCUCGUAGACUCGCCAGGGAUGAGGUCGCUAGGGAAGAGAGGCUUGGGCUCAAUAAAGAUAGUCUAGGUCAGCUACUGGGACCUUGGAGUAUUGAUGGAUUCAAAUGGUUUAGCAGCGCCACUGACUCAGACGUCGUGGUACUUCUGGCGCAGACUUCUUUGGGAAUAAGUGCAUUCCUAGUUCCUAUGCGGCGCAAGGCCUAUGCCCACGACCCAAAUAAGCCUAGGGCAGGUGUAUUUGAAGAUGAUGCGACCGGGCUCAACGGUAUCAGGAUCCAAAGACUGAAAGACAAGCUCGGUACCAAGGGCCUCCCCACCGCCGAACUCGAGCUCAAGGGAGCGCGCGGAUGGCUCAUCGGCCAAGAGGGCAAGGGAAUCAAAGAAAUAUCUGCCAUCCUCAAUAUCACACGCAUCUACUCGGCCGCUGGAAGUAUCUCGUAUUGGUCCCGCGGCCUAGCCGUCUGCAGAGCCUUCUCCAAAGUGCGCAAAGCAAGAGGAAAAUUUCUAUACGACCACCCCCAACAUGUCCUCUGGAUGGCUAAUGAGACUGUGAAAUACUGGGCGGCAACUCAUUUUACUUUUUUCGCCGUCGCGCUAUUGGGUUGUGCAGCUCAGGGGUGGGAAGCAACCGCUGAAAACACGGCAUCGGCGCCCCUAAUACCCCAAGACCCUGCCCAUCAGGCAGCCCUAUUACGCCUCCUGACGCCCGUCGUUAAAGCACGGGUUCCUGUGGCUAGCACCACCGGACUCCGGGAGACGAUGGAGUGUCUUGGGGGCGUAGGAUAUUGCGAGAAUAACGAGGAUGGCGGAACAAUGAACCUGGCCAAAUUAUUUCGCGAUUGUAUCGCUAAUACGAUUUGGGAGGGUACUGCUAGCGUUAUGGCUGAAGAUGUUUGCCGUGUCAUCAAAGACAAGCGCAUUUCUGGCGGAAAUGUCAUCGAAGCCAUCUUUUGCCGUUGGGCUCUAGGGGUCCUGCGGCGCUGUCAAGGAUCUUUCAAGAAGGAAUGUGAAGUCGUUGAAGAAAAGCUGCAGGCGCUUGUUGCGCUCGUUCAGGGGGCCUCGGCGGAGGAUUUGGAGUAUCGUGGCAGAGACCUUCUAGCAUAUCUGGAGACGAUCAGUUGCUCUAUCCUUCUACUCUAUGACGCUAAUAGUGAUGGUGAUGAGACUGCUUCUCAUAUCGCUUCACGAUAUGUUCGGUCACAAGCAGUUAGUAGUAGCCUCAGCUGGCAAAGGGAUUCGAACCGAUUCAAUGAUGCAGGUAUUGAUUCCGAGAUAUUUCUCGGGGCCAACUUCAGACCGAAGGUACUGGAAGGAAAAUUGUAAAAGAUGAAACAGCUUUCGAGUUAGAUCGUAGUUCCAUAACGAUAUUACCUCAGUCAAAUUUCGAGUGUGAUUUCGGCUCACUAGACAAAGCAGUUGUCCUUGUUCUACAUACGCAAAGUUGAUAAGCUGAAGUAUUGAGCGGCCUUUGUCCUCUAACACAAACAAAUCGUUGUUUCAAGAAACAUCUAUAUAAUGCCAUUGAUAGCCAG